AUGUUCAUACUGACCAAAAUCGCGGAUCUGGUGGAGAUCGCACCAGAAGAUUUCCGCAAGAAGAGUAUGAAUGCCAUUGAGGAUAACAUCAAUGCAAAGUAUGCGAACAAGGUCAUCCAGAAGAUCGGGCUCUGCAUCUGCCUAUACGACAUCCUGUGGACAUCAGAAGGCCUCAUCGGUCAUGGCACAGGCCUUGUCAAUGUCAAUGUUGAGUUUAGAAUGAUUGUCUUCAGACCAUUCAAGGGAGAAGUCAUGAUUGGCAGAAUUAGGAGUUCUACGCCAGCCGGUAUCAACCUGAGAACGGAUUUCUUUGACGAUAUUUUCAUCCCCUUUGAUGAGCUUCCCGAAGGUGCCGAAUACAACCACUCAGAACAGCUCUGGAUCUGGAAUAUUGAAGGCGACAGGCUCUUCUACGACAACCACGAAAUGGUUCGAUUCCAGGUUAUUGACGAAGAGUGGCACGACCAAACGCCCGCGGGCCCCAGUCAAGGAGAGGAGGCCGCUCCGCCCAAACCACCUUAUAAGGUGAAGGGCACAAUGGCAAUGGAGGGUCUGGGCGUAUGCCUCUGGUGGGACGGACAGGGCAGCGAGUAG